UCUAUGACAUCAGCAUAUGAAUUGUCUCAGCUGAUGUUGAUAAAAUUGUAUUUCACAUUGGUUAAAUUAAAAACUUUGGAGUAAGUUUUUUUUUUAAUUUAUUGCUCCAACUAAUGUUAUUUUACUGUCUAAUAUCAGUAUGAACAUUCUUAUCCAUCAAGUCUAAUGAAAAAAGGGUAUAAAGUGGUAAUUAGUUGUGUGAUAUUUCAUAAAAAAACAGAUUUGGUGGUCAAUGACUUUUGACGUUGUUCCUCAAGUUUUGAUUUUAUAAUUUUAAUGUUUAUUUAUUGAUUAAAACAUUUAGUGAAGGAACAAAAUUAAGUGUUUACAUGUAUCUAAAUAUUAGGGAAUGAUAUGUCCCAAUUAAAAUAUUUAAUGAUAAAUAUUAAAAUUAUUAACAUAAUUAUUAGUAAUUUGUAAAAUUUUUUUUAAUUUUUAAUAUUGUAGGUCCUAGUAAUUACAAAAAAUGAAGUACUCCACAUCACCACCUAUUAGUCGAUGUAAUUCACCAUCUUCUCCAUUAUUUUAUUCCAAUUCUUCACCCAAUAUGCCCAUGCCAGUUACCUAUCGCCAUAAUUGCACAAGUGCUGCAUCCAAAUGUUAUAAGUAUUUACGAAAACUUUUGAAAUUUGAACAAAUGGACUUUGAGUUUGCUCUAUGGCAAAUUAUAUAUUUAUUAGUCUCACCUCAAAAAGUGUACAGAAAUUUUCAAAAUAGAAAGCGAACAAAAUCCCAGUUUGCAAGAGAUGAUCCAGCAUUUUUAGUAUUACUUGGAUUUUGGUUAUUAUUGUCGUCAAUUAUCUUUGCGAUUGUUUUAAGGCUGAGCUUCGUUCAAUUUAUCAAAUUCUUUUUCUAUACAACAUUUGUUGAUUGCAUUGGUGUUGGCAUAUGUAUCGCUACUUUAUUAUGGUAUAUAGCUAAUCGUUAUUUGCGAUAUGAUACUACCCAAGACGUCGAGUGGGGAUAUGCAUUUGAUAUUCAUUUAAAUGCCUUUUUUCCACCAUUGAUAAUAUUACACAUUCUCCCAAUGUGUUUAUAUGCCAGUUUACUAAGUAGUGAUAGUUUUACAUCACGAUUUCUUGGAAACACAACAUGGCUUGUCGCUAUAGGAUAUUACUUGUACAUAACAUUUUUAGGAUACACAAGUAUUGAAAUAUUGCAUCGUACUGACAGAAUAUUGUGGGCUCUUCCAAUUUUCUUAAUUAUAUACAUAGUCUUAUUAUGCAUUGGAAUGAAUCUAAGUUAUCAAGUAACUCAAUUUUAUAUUUAUCGUUUAUAAAACAGAAUAAAUCAACAGUGAGACGUUAUUUUUCAUAGAA